AUGAGACCAUUGAGCGUUCAGUCGAGGUUGGCGAUACACGCCGCGUCACCAUCCUCAUCAGCCUCCGUGAAUCACCGAGUAGCGCCGCAAUCGCCGUGGCACUCGCCGGUUCCUUACCUCUUUGGCGGUUUAGCGGCGAUGCUUGGACUCAUCGCUUUUGCUCUUCUCAUCCUCGCAUGUUCAUACUGGCGCGCGUCUUCCUCCGGCGAAGAAGAUGGCAGGAACGGAGGAGGAGUCGACGAAGAGAAAGAAAGCCGGUCUGGGGAAAAGGCGGCGAACGGAUCGUACGAGGAGAAGUUUCUGGUCAUAAUGGCCGGAGAUGACUUGCCGAGAUUUCUUGCGACGCCUGCUAUGAAAAAGUGUACUUGUGGUAGCCACGAGGGAAAAAUGAAGAAGAGGAAGAUGGGAAUCGUGUUCACGAGUUUGUUUUCUUCCGUGUUUGGUAGCAAGGAAGCUCGCAUCCUCGUCCUCGGACUCGACAAUGCCGGAAAAACCACUAUCCUCUAUCGGCUUCAAAUGGGAGAGGUGGUCUCCACGAUUCCGAGUGGACAAACGAGCAUCAGGCCGUAUUGGAGAUGCUAUUUCCCAAAUACACAAGCAGUGAUUUAUGUUGUUGAUUCGAGUGAUACAGGUAGAAUUGGGGUGGCGAAAGAGGAGUUCCAUGCAAUCUUGGAGGAAGAGGAACUGAAAGGCGCGAUGGUUCUUAUAUUUGCAAACAAGCAGGAUCUACCAGGUGCACUUGACGAUGCGGCCGUGACAGAGGCCUUGGAGUUGCACAAGAUAAAGAGUCGGCAAUGGGCAAUCUUCAAAACUUGUGCUGUGAAAGGCGAAGGGCUUUUUGAAGGCCUAGACUGGUUGAGUAAUACCCUCAAAUCAGGGACCGGCUAA